GUAUAGUGCCUCCUAGGUAGCAGAUACUAAAUAAUAAUUGGUGAAUUCACUUGAAUUCCAUUACACAGGUCUCGUUGAAGGCUAAUCUAGGCCAACCUCCCUCAUUUUAUAGAUGACUUUAGCCAGGUGUGGUUAAAUAAUUUGCUCAAAGUCACACAGGCAGAUUCAUCACUCUUUCAACUACAUUUUAAUGAACAAAAAGCUCAAGUGCUGCAUGGAUAUCCAUGAAAUAUUUAUAACUCUAUAGGUUUUCAGUGCAUUGGGAGAUCCUCUACAGAGUACUUGUGGAAAAAUAAGUGAAUGUGCUGGUAAUGUUUAAUAACAGCUUCUUCCAAAAUAAAAUGAACACCUAAAUGCACUUUUAAACCAAAUUUACAUGAUUAACAUUUGCUUUAUAACUUUUUUUGAGGCAAAGGGGGGUUGCCACUUGCCCAGUCAUAUAGCUAGUAUUGAAGUGUGGGCUGCAUUUGAACUCAGAUCCUUCGGACUCCAGGCCUGCUGUUGUAUCCAUUAAGCCAUCUAGCUGCUCCUAGUACUUUCUCAAGUAUAGAAAUCAAGAAGACAUCAAGCCCUGAUUUGUAGCUUGAUUUCCAAAGUGUAAAUGCUCACACUGAAAAUUUAACAGGUCACAUAUUUAGCUCUAGUGCAUCUCUGGAUCAUAUGGACAAGAAUCACAGAGAAGGCACAGGGAGAAUGCAAUCUGUUUCAAUUUCUGACUAUCUUUCACUGUGCCUUUCUUGUUGUUUCCUUUCUUCCUAAAUGGGGGAAAGAAUAAGAGAAGGAGUUAUGCAUUUCAAACCUGCCAAGAUCAUUUCAUCAACUAGAGAAAGGGAGAAAAAGCCAGGGUUUAGCAUUAAGUCUCUGACUCUAUUUUGUUGUGGCAAGAGUUUCAUAGCUGGUCAGUCCCAUUGAGUCUUCCUUUAAGCUCAUCCCAUAUUACUAGUUCACCUUGUAUCUUCUCUUAUCUCCUCUACAGAUCCCCGUUGUGCCUAUUCCAUCUGACUAGAAUCUGUCUGGCUAAUUAGUAACUUUUCUUAACCUGGAUUUCAGUUGCUGUGUCAGAAAUCACAAACAGCCAGUGACUGCAGGCUAUAGUUGCCCUGCCCCCAGAGAAUCACUUCCAAGAGCCUGGAAAGAAGCCUGUCUCCAGGGUGAAAUUCAUGAAAUAGACAAAGGGAGCAGGAGCGAGCUGUGAGUUUGCCCACUUCAUCUCACCCUAUUUCCAGCUUUUGAGGUAGCUUCCUGCUACAUUCUGGAAAGCAUAGUGCGAAGACCUUCAUGCUUGACUGAUAACUGUCCAGUAGAAACUUCUCUAACAAUGGUCCAAAUAAUAGUCUACCCCAAAAUAGCUCUUGUCGAUGAACCACUGCAUAUCCGAGUAACUGGCCUGCUCCCUAACCAGAUGAUAGUGCUGCAGGCAAAACUGAUAAAUGAAAAAGGAGGGCUCUUUGAGUCUCAAGUCUUCUAUAAGGCUGAUGAAGGUGGAGAGGUAGACCUGCAGCGGGCAGCUGCACUUGGAGGGGACUAUGUGGGCAUCCAUCCUAUGGGCCUCUUCUGGUCUCUGAAACCUAAGAAGAUACUAUCUAGGCUACUCAAACAGGAUGUGAUGAACAGUCCCUACUUGGUCCAGCUGUCUGUAUAUGAUUCAAAAGAAGCUUUACAAGACUUCGCUAAAUCUCCUGAGGCCACUGAAAUGGUGGAGAGAUGGUACUCAGCACCUGGAGUAACUCGAAUCCAAAUAAGAGAAGGUAGAAUUCGAGGAGCUCUCUUCCUCCCACCAGGAGAAGGCCCUUUCCCUGGAGUAAUUGAUUUGUUUGGUGGCAUUGGGGGACUGAUUGAAUUUCGAGCCAGUCUCUUGGCCAGCCAUGGCUUUGCUACAUUGGCCUUAGCUUACUUUAACUAUGAAGACCUGCCCGCACUACCACCUGUUAUGGAUAUUGAAUACUUUGAAGAAGCUGCUGAUUUCCUCCUAAGCCAUCCCAAGGUCCUUGGUCCAAAGAUCGGGAUAGUUUCAGUAUGCCUAGGGGCCCAGAUUGGACUGGCAAUGGCAACAUUCUUGAAGCAGGUGGCAGCCACAGUUUGCAUCAAUGGUUUCUUUUUUGCAACUGGAAGGAAUAUCAAGUAUAAAGAUGAGAACAUUCGCUCAAUUAAUUCAUUUCCAGAAAGGAUAAGAAUAAAUGAUUUGGGGCUAUUAGAGCUAUAUCAUAUAUUAGGAAACCCUCAAGAAGAGGCAAAUAAGCAUGCUCUUUUGCCAGUAGAAAGGUCCCAGGGUCAUAUUCUAUUCAUUGUUGGAGAGAAGGAUAAAAACAUAAAUAGCAAAUCUUAUGCUGAGCAAGCAAUGGAGAGGCUGAAGAAACAUGGGAAAAGCAAUGGUACCCUACUCUCCUAUCCAGGGGCUGGGCACUUGAUAGAGCCUCCCUACUCCCCCUUGUGUUUGGCCUCAUGGAACCCCUCUAUCGUGAGACCUGUUUUGUGGGGUGGUGAGACUAUCCCUCAUGCUGAAGCCCAGGAACAUUCCUGGAAAGAGAGUUUGAAGUUCCUCAGAUAUCACCUUAGCCCAGCCAGCAUCAGCAAAUUAUGAGAUCUUUCCCGGAUUCUGACACAUUGCUGGGCACAACAGUCCCUUAAUAAUAUUUGUUGAAUUAAAUUUGAAAUAAAAAUCAGGGGAUGUAGAUUUGACUGGAUUAAUAAAAGAAAGAGCUUUUAAAAAAUUAAUUGCAGUUAUCCAAAAGGGGAAUGGCCUGCCUCAGAAGACAGAGAGUUAUCAAUGGAGGUCAACAAUGGAGAAUCAACAAAUGACAAUUUGACAAGAUGCUGAGAAGAUCUAGCAGAUAAAGAGUUGGACCUGAAGUUAGGAACAUCUGAAAGAAAUCUGGUCCCAGACAUUUAAUAGCUCUGUGACUCUGGGCAAGUGAUUUCACAGCUAUGUGCUUCAGUUUCCUUAUCUAUAAAAUGGGGAUAUUAUCUACCUAAACUCCUGCCCUCCUUUUCCCACACUUCAUUCUUAUGAGGAUAAAGGGAGAGGAUAUUUUCAAAACAGUUUGCAAAUCCUAAAGUGCUUUAUAAAUGCUAGCUAUUUUUUUUUAUUCUAUUCUUAUAUUAUAUAUUUUAAGUACAGGAUUGAUUCAAAUCUUGUCUGGCAGUUCAUAUUUCUCUUAUCUUUUUAACAUCUCAAGAUUCAUGACUUUCACUCUUAAUGGGAGUCCAUAAGGGAUAAAGGAAGGAUGUGAUUUUCAUUUUUUGAAAGUUCAAGUUAAUUUAUAUUUUAUACCAAUAUCACAUAGCAAUCCAAAAGGAUUAUUUUUUGCUUUUCUAAGACUCUUGCAAAGAACAACUAAGUAUGUUUAUCUGUCAAUACCUGAUCCAAAUAAAAAAGAAUUGAAGAUA